UGGGCACGAGCUAUAUAAGCCACUGGGCUGGCUCCAAAUGAACAUUAUCGCUCAAGAGCUUUAGACAAACCCAACCACAGCAAUAUGUACAAGUUUUUGGUUCUCGCUGCCCUCAUCGCCUGCUCUGCGGCCAAACCAGGAGUUGUAGCUCCACUGGCUGCUCCUCUGGCUGCUCCCCUGGCCUACGCCAAUGCUCCUCUGUACGCCGCAGGUGGCAGCAGCCAGGUGGAUGUCCGCAACAACUACGACGGCACCCUGUCCUCCUACACCACCGCUCCGUUCGAGUUCGCCGGCCCCUACUCCAGCCGCUAUGUGUCCGGAAUCCCAGCUGCCCCCGCCGUGGUGGCCAAGUACGCUGCUGCCCCUCUGGCCGCCGCCUACUCUGCUCCUCUGGCCGCUGCUCCCGUUGCUGCUCCUCUGGCCGCUGCUCCCGUUGCUGCUCCUCUGGCCGCUGCUUCCGUUGCUGCUCCUCUGGCCGCUGCUCCCUAUGCCGCCGCCGCCUACUCCGCCUAUCCCUAUGCCUCGCCCUACGCCGCACCCUACCUGGCAUCUCCCUACGCCGCUCCCUACGCCGCCCCCUAUGCCGCAUCCUAUGCCGCUCCCAUCGCCGCUGCUGCCCCAGCUCCAGUGGUGGUCUAAGGACACACCUGUGAAGCAGGCCAAACUAUAGACAAUUUUAGAAAAAAAAAACCUGAUAAUAAAUUACGACCAAACAAUUAGAGCA